GUCAAUAUUUUUUUGCCAUAAUUUAUUUCUUUAAAAAAUUAUUAAAUAUCUGAAUGCGUUUUUUGAAAUGUCCAAUAAUACCUGCCGGGUUGCAACAAAUUCGAAAUUUACCAGUUAUGAGUGGAAACUUGGAUUACAAGUCGGCCAAGUCCGUCCAUGAUUUCGAAGCUGAAUCCAUUAAGGGGGAAAAAGUACCUUUGGAAAAGUAUAAAGGCCAUGUUCUGUUGAUUGUAAAUGUCGCAUCUAAGUGUGGACUCGCUGCUACUAAUUACAAAGAACUGAAUGAGCUUUAUGAUAAAUAUGCAGAGUCUCGUGGUCUUCGUAUCUUGGCAUUCCCAUGCAAUCAAUUCAACGGUCAAGAGCCCGGAGGCAGUGAAGAAAUUUGCAGCUUUGCUAAUCGUCAAAAAAUCAAGUUUGAUUUUUUUGAAAAGAUAGACGUCAAUGGUGAGACAGCUCAUCCACUGUGGAAGUACUUGAAGCAGGAAAAGGGCGGAUUGCUGGGAAGCUCAAUCAAGUGGAAUUUUACAAAAUUCAUCGUCGACAAAGACGGAAAAGUCGUCGAGCGACAAGGACCAAAUAUUGAUCCAAGUGGCUUGGUGAAAUAUUUGGAGAAGUACUUUUGAGAGAGCAAUACCUCAAUUUAUUCCCAACUCAUGAUUGUAAUAUAAUUUAAACGUAUGAAUUCUUCCUUUAUGCAAGGAAAUAAUUAGUAUUAUACAAUUAUAAACUCUUCUGUUAAAUAAUUGAUCUCAAAUUAUUUUGUUAUCACUUUUGAAUUAUGUAAUAUUUUAUCUUGUUUAUUUUUGUUAUGAUUAUUACGCGCUUCCUCGAGAGUAUAACGUCUGAUAUCAUAGGUAAAUCUGAGUUACCAAUUUUGUAAUCAACGGAUAUGUAUAUAAUUAUUAAUCCGUAAGUAGGUAUCAAUUCACACGCACCACAGCCAGAUUGGGACUUUGUACUUUGAUUGUUUAAAAAGAAAAAUUCUAUUCAUGCAUAAGAAGGUGUUUUAAAUUUUUUUAACAAGUCAAUCUAUUUUUCUAUCGUUAUCAUUAUUGAUGUGUAAUUGAGUAUAGAAUUGUUUUAAAUUAAAAUUAAAAAUUAAUGACCAUAAAGUUAGCCGAUAUCUAAAAAUUUUUAUGAUUUUUUUUUAUUACAAAUUAUUACUAUAAGUGCAAUUUUUUAAAAAUAUUUUUUAGUUAUAAUUUAAUCAAUUAGGCAAAAUAAAAAAAUCAAAAAUGUCGG